AUGCCCACUACAGAAACUUCACCGCUGCUCGAAAAUGGCUGCUAUAAUGAUGAUACAAACCUAGGUUUUACUCGUCGCGCCGUCAGCUUCCUCAAGGGCGCGGGUGAGCCGUCGUGGGCGGAGUCGUUCAAAUUCUUCAUUUUCGGGACAUGGUUCAACAUCCUACUCGUAUUCAUACCUCUCAGCUUCUUCUCUCACUACUUGGACUGGGACGCUGGUCUAAGGUUUUUGUUCAGCUUCAUGGCCAUCGUGCCCUUGGCUAAGUUGUUGGGCGAGGCAACAGAUCAGCUGUCCGUUAGAUUAGGGGACACUAUGUCAGGUCUCCUUAAUGCAUCUUUCGGGAAUGCCGUAGAGAUCAUCGUCGGCGUUGCUGCCUUACUCAAUGGUCAAUUGCGAAUCGUCCAGACGUCCAUGCUUGGAUCGAUUUUGUCAAACGUACUGCUCGUGCUAGGUUGUUCGUUCCUUGCCGGUGGAAUAUAUCAUGAAGAAGGAAGUUUCAAUAUUACUGGAGCUCAGACUUAUGCAUCCCUUAUGACAUUGUCGUGCAUCACGCUUGUUAUUCCUGCGGCCUAUGCAAGUACCACACGCGUCGGAUUGCAAAAGGGUCAUCAUUGCGGCGUUCCCGAUGAAGAAGGCGGAUGUCCCACUGCUGGUGUGCUCUUUAUAUCCAGAGGAACUGCCAUAUUGCUCUUGGCAGUUUACUGUGCAUACCUUUGGUUUCAGGCAUGUUCUAUUGUCUUUUUACUCUCAUGUACUAAUUCAAAGGUACAGCUAAAAACCCAUACCCGAUUGUUCCGUCUCGAUACACCCGCAGGGGAAAGUCAAGAAGCCAGCGAGGAAACGGAGCCUCGUAUGGGCACGGCCGCGGCCGGUGUUGCACUUUUGUCAGUCACUGUCAUCAUCGCAUUUUGUGCUGAGUAUCUUGUCGCCUCCAUCGAGGAAACUGCAGAGCGCUAUUCCAUUCCGAAGGCCUUUAUUGGUGUUGUCUUGUUGCCGAUCGUGGGCAAUGCUGCAGAACAUGUCACUUCAGUCUGGAUGGCAAUGAAGAACAAAUACGAGCUUACAAUCAGUAUUUGCGUUGGGAGUUCGAUUCAAAUCGCCUGUUUCGUCGUGCCACUUCUUGUGAUCGUUGGUUGGAUCGUCGGUCAACCCCUGACGUUGCAAUUCCAGAACUUCGAGACAAUCGUUGUCUUUGUAUCUGUCCUCCUGGUCAACCUACUAAUCAUGGACGGCAAAUCGAAUUAUAUGGAAGGUCUCAUGCUGGUUACCCUCUAUGUGAUCAUCGCCCUUGCCUUUUGGGUGGCCUAAAGCAACAUGUGUGCUAUAUUUAUUGGGGUCAAAUACAUUGACAUUCCCGACUUAUCUCUCUAAUACUCCCUUAAAUUUCCUUCGUCCGUCGGGGGCUAAGAUAGCCAUUAACAUACUUAUUUGUGUAACAUAUCUUUCAUCAAAACAUGUGGUAAAUUGCACGACUCUCUCGAAGGGAAGCGGCAUACAUAGAUUCAUAGCGCCAAGUAAAUGUGAAGGGUCACUUGUCUGAGAUAAGGCUGUCUCCUUGAAGCUCUUCAAACUUCUUGCGCGCCAUGCAAAUGUUCAUCUUAAUGGCUGCAGUCUCUGCACGCGUGAAUGUGGAUGAGCUGGAACAGACGAUAUAGAACUCAACA